GAGUUUAAGCGUUGCGUUAGGACAAAAGCGACCAAAAAAAGUGACAUUUCACAGGUUCAGUUCACAUUUAUCCCCGCCAUUAGCACCGCGCGCCUAGCUAGCAUUAGCCGCCGCUAACGUUAGCUGAGCGAACUUCUCGAAAAUGUCGACCGGCAAACGAAUGAAGAAGAAGAAGCUCUCCGAAGAAGCGAUGAGUAAAGUCUUUGACUUUUCUCCAGUUGCCAAGAAGAAAGCGCUCCACUGCGGCUCCGAAGACGACCUCGGGGAAGCCUCCGAGGAGAAAACUCCAAGUCAGGACAAAGCUCCAUCGAGGAAAAGAGUUGCUGACGACUUUAAAGAUGAAGACACUGGAGUCCCUGUUGGGGUUGAAGUUCACAGCAUGUUGGAGCGCUUUGGGGCCGACAUCAACAAGGUGAUGCUCACCAAGCGCAAGCGUCUGGAAAGUCUGACCAAGACUUACAUGAAUGGAGGGCAGCAGAAAAUGGAGCAACUGUGGAACAACUACCACAAACAGAGGCAGAAGAUGACUCAGGACUAUUCUCAGCAAUUGUCGUCGGUUUCGGACCAAUGGCAGCUGGAAAUGCAGCAAAUCAAGGACCAGGAGGAGAAGUUCAAUACUCUGAUACGCCAGCAGCAGAAGGUGGUCCAGCAGAGCAAAAUUCUUCAGACGCAGAAAAUAGAGGCCAUGCAAGAGCUCUUCAAGAACUUUGUCAAGAACAUGGAAGAGAUGGAGAAGAACCAAGAUGAAGUCAUGCAUCGGGCGCAGCAAGAGCUAAGGAAGGAGAUGGCCACCAUGCAGAAGAAGAUCCUCAUGGACACCCAACAACAGGAAAUGGCGUCCGUGCGCAAGUCCCUGCAGACCAUGCUUUUCUAGACUCCCAGCUCAUCUCAGUUUGCCCAAGUUCCCAGCCUCAUCUUUUUCUCUAUUUGAACAUGCACGUUCCUUCAGCUUCUGUUCACUGUUGUAAAGAGGAGGUAAAGCGCUUGAGAGUUGUUUUUGGUUGCUCGAGCCACCUCUAGGUGGCACUGUUGUAAGAGAAAAAGUACAAACGUUUCAAGAAGUUUAUUGGCCAUGUUAGGGCAUCAUCCAGUUUGAGGGGAAAAAAACGAUUCAACUGUUUCAUCCUGUUUUAGGGAAUAAAACCUAUUCAACCUCAACUUCA